GGGCGCGCGCCGGCGGCCAACGGCGGCCAUGUCUGUGCUGCGCCCGCUCGAUAAGCUGCCCGUGCCGAACGUGGCCACCAUCUUGUUGGUGGGCACUGAUGAGAAACAGCUGGAACAGCUAGCCGAGGCCAUGCUGAAGGAGAGCAAGUCUUUCAAGAUACAGAUCCACUUGGCCCCAUCGCUCCCUCUGCCCUCUGACAGCUCGCAUCUCCGGCCCCGAAUCGACCUGAUCGUCUUCCUGUUUAGCCUGCAGAGCAAGAAAAGCUUCAGCAGCGUGGAGGCCUCGCUCGCUCACGUCGACGCCAGCUUCUUCCUCGGCAAAGUGUGCUUCCUGGCCACCGGGGCCAGAAGAGAAGACCGCUGCAGUGUCCACAUGAGCACCGGCGAGAAGCUGGCCUUCACCUACAACAGCCCCCUUCUCUUCUGCAACCUGGAGAGCUCCGGCGAGCGGACGGUGACGGCCCAGCGUCUGAUGCGCGUGCUGCAGGUGUCUGCGGGCUUCGUGCCGGGGGUGUCCACCCUGAGCCUGACCUCCAUGCUGAAGAGGACCGGCAGCGCCUCGUGGGAGGAGUGGUGAGGGGGCCGAGCCCCCCACCUUGGGCCCCAGGUGCGGGGAGGAGGGGCCGAGCUGAUUCCGGGGGUUUCGGCGGGGGCUGCCACAUGACCCGGGUCUGUCUGAGAGCUCCCGGGCCCCUCCGUCCAACCCACGGAAGGUGACCCCGAAGGAGACGGACGCGCCGGGAGUCGGAAGGGGCGUCAUCCCGGGAGACUUGGGAGCCGGUCGUCGUCGUCCCUGCCUGUGAAGGAGGAGAGGGAGGCGAUGCCCGGGGCGGAAGCCUCCACCCUGGCUGCCCGAGGGGCCUCUGGGCCGCCGAGUCUGCCAAGAGCUGGGUCCGAAGCCCCGGGAUGGUCCCGCGUUUCCAGCGGUCGGUGUUCCCCGGGGCCUCGUCUCCCUCGGCGGAGGGAUAACUCCCCCUACCGAAGCGUCCCAGGACCCGAUGACCCCGGAGGCCCCGCCUGGCCGGGUCGCGUCCUGCGAGUGCCGGGCUCAACGUUAGCCCGGUACGACGUGGCCUGUGGGAACAGCGGGACCGGGGGAGAGCCCCCCGCCCGCCCCGAGUGCCGGGGCGGCCUCCGUCAGCCACGUCUCCACAGGCCGAAGAACCCCAAGCACCCCCCGGAGGGGACCAGAGGGGAGAGGAGACUCUGUGGGCAUCAGGUGCCACCCAGGAGUGGAUGCCAGGGGGCUGAGGGGGCCCCCAAGAACUCCAGACCGCUUGGGGCUCGGACUCCCACCUGCGUAUCCCUGCCUAGACCACUGACUGUUUCCUGAAUAAAGUGGGCCUCAAGCCGAA